AUGGAUGAUUCGAAGGCCGUACUGGUAAGCAAGUGGGUAAAUACUGCACAGGAUGCCAAGGAAACUGCCAAGGAACGUGCAACUGUGGAUGUGGAGGAGGCCAAUGUGAUCCUAGCCAAUGUAAAAAUACUAACUGCCAAUGCUGUAAAGAGAGGGAAGGUACUUAUUCAUUUUUAA